CCCGAAACCAAUCUACAUCACAAAAACGCAAAGCAAACAUGUCAAUACAAAAAAUCCAAUCCCAAAAAUAUAAUCUCCUUUAUUCCACACUUGAAAGCUAAACCAGAAAUCUAAACUCAGCCCAAGCAAAAAUGGCACAAGCAAUGGCUUCAAUGGCUGUCCUUGAAGGCAGUCUCCAAAUCAGUGGCUCAACUCGCUUGAACGUCCCUAGCAACAACACAAGGGUAGCUGUUUCCAGGCCUGGUCUCACUAUUAGAGCUUACCAACAGGUACCUUCUGCUGCUGAGCCUGAACCCAGCCGUCGAGCUGUGCUGGGUCUUGUUGCCGCUGGUUUGGCUUCUGGGUCUUUCGCUCAAGCGGUGCUUGCUGAAGCCCUUUCUAUUAAGCUUGGUCCUCCUCCUCCUCCCUCCGGCGGACUGCCUGGGACUUUAAACUCUGAUCAGCCAAGAGACUUGGAUCUACCAUUGAAGAAGAGAUUUUACCUGCAGCCACUUGACCCAGCUCAAGCAGCAGUGAGAGCCAAGGAAUCAGCCAAGGACAUUGUGGGUGUGAAGCCGCUCAUUGACAAGAAGGCUUGGCCCUAUGUUCAAAAUGAUCUCCGCCUUAGGGCUGAGUAUCUUCGCUAUGAUCUCAACACUGUUAUUGCUGCUAAACCCAAAGAGGAGAAGCAAACUCUCAAGGAACUCACUGGAAAGCUCUUCCAAUCCAUCAACGAUCUGGACCAUGCAGCCAAGAUUAAGAGCACCCCAGAGGCAGAGAAGUACUAUGCUCAGACUGUAUCUAAUCUGAAUGAUGUUCUUGCUAAGCUUGGUUAAGGGAAUUUAUGUAUUUUUAUUCUAAGCUUUGUUAAUCACUUUCUUUUGGAAUGCUGUUUGAAAAAGUGUAGUUGGAGAAGAAAUAAUCAACUUCUUACUUUUGUUUCAACCCA